GCACAUUAACAGGAUUUUGAUCGGGAACUCUGUGCUCUAGUUAGUUCGGUCUGUUGAGAUCGACUGCUCAGGGUUUGAUAGCUCAUGUCUGUUUUUGUCGUCACUUCCACCACGAGAACUUUCACUGCUACCAGCAGUCUUUUCUGGGUUUUUAUUGACUGUUAGUGUUUUAUUAAACUGUGUCGCUUCAUUCUGAAUAAGAGAACACCACCAGAGUGCCUCAGUGUAAACAAGCCUCAACAUGGAGUCAGAAAACGGAGUUACAGAGAGAUACGAGCGGAGCUAAGUGUGCUAACGAAGCUAACCUGGAAGCUAACGGCCCACUAAAACCGAGCAGUGGACACAUGGAAAAAUACAUCCAGGAGGUGGUGGUGAAAGAUGAAGAGGUUCUCCCUGAGCUGCAGGAGAGGAGCUCCAGGCUGAACCAGGAGGAGCCACCAGAACCACCACAGUUAAAAGAGGAACAGGAGGAACAGUGGAUCAAUCAGGACAGGGGGGACCUUCAAGGAGCAGAGGAGGAUGACAUUAUCAUGUUCACAUUCAAUCCUGCCUCUGUGAAGAGUGAAGAAGAGGAUGAGGAGAAACCACAGAUCUUAGAGGUUCAUGAAGACCCAAGUGGAGAGAGCAGAGACACAGAGUAUUUGAAGACAGAAGUGGACAGAGACUUUGAUCCAGAUGGUCACUUAGAACCAGUUACUCCUGAUGAGCCUUUACACCUUUCUGGAUUUGAUACUGAUGACAGUGCUGAUUGGGAGGAGAGUGAUGAACCUCAUGGACAUUUUAACCCUCUGCAAAAGAGAGGCAUAGCUGUUAGUGACAGGAAGUGUAACACUGGUGACACAUCAGUAAGCUCUUUUGAAUGUGCUCCAAGCUGUGGACAAAAGAAACAACAAAAGAAACACCAUGAAGAAGAAACAUUUAUUUGUUCAGUUUGUGGUAGGAGAUACCUUGAUAAGAAAAAAUUAAAACAACACGUGGCACGGCAUUCAGUAGAGAAAAAUUUCAGCUGCUCAGUUUGUCAGAAAAGUUUUAUCUUGAAAGUCCAGAUGAUGAGGCACAUGGUAGUCCACACAAGUGAGAAACCAUUCAGUUGUUCAAUGUGUGGUAAACAAUUCAAACGACAUGCUGCCCUAAAGAGCCAUUCUUUUAUCCACACAGGGGAGAGACCGUUUAGUUGUUCAGUUUGUGGCAAGAGAUUUUAUGAACUUAGAAAUCUGAAGACACAUGCAGUUGUCCAUACAGGAGAGAAACCUUUUAGUUGUUCCGUUUGUGGCAAAAGGUUUUCUCAUCUUGGAAUUAUGAGAAAACACUCUGUUGUCCAUGCAGACAAGAAACCGUUUACUUGUUCAGUUUGUUGCAAAAGUUUUUCUCAACAUGCACAUCUCAGGGCACAUUCUGUUACCCAUACGGAGGAGAAACCGUUUAGUUGUUCAGUCUGUGGAAAAAGUUUUUCUCAUCAUAGAUAUCUGAAGGCACACUCUGUUGUCCAUAUAGGGGAUAAACCAUUUAGUUGUUUAAUUUGUGGUAAAAGUUUUUCUCAUCAUAGAUAUCUGAAGGCACACUCUGCUGUCCACACAGGGAAGAAACCGUUUAGUUGUAGUGUUUGUAAUCGGACAUUCACUCGACUUCAUCAGGUUAGGAUACACAAGUGUGUAAGUGAGAGCAGUCAGGAUGAAAUCAAAUCUCAAGAUACUCAUCAAAUGUGACCUUGAAAGUACAGAGGCAAAGCCUAAUAUUUUAUCUUUAAAAACAUGAUUUGAUCUUGAGUAAACACAAGAUACCUUAGCCAUACCUACUGCCAUACAUUCUUACUGUUUGCCACCACAAGUCAACCAUGAUGGGUGGCAAAAAGCCAACACUUUACCAGGGUUGUCAAGUCUACUGUAUGUAUUAUUGUUCUGAUUCUUACCUUUUUGUGUUAAUGUUGUACUCCAAGUAUGGAUGUAAUAUACAUACUUUUUUUGUUCCAUAUGCAAAGUGUUGUAUUCCUUACACACAAAAUAAAAUGUCACCCC